ACGAUCGUAAGAGCUGUCGGAUUGCAGCUCCGCUUCCCAUGGCUUCCCAUUCUCCUCUGCUGCUGCUGCUGUUGCCGACCAACCCCCGUGCUCCCACUCUCACCGCGUCUCAUCGCUUUCUCGUCAUGAUAGAGGUCCGUUAAAUUUUUUUUAGUCUAAUUUUUAGUGGCUCCUCGACCUGUGGGGUUUGGUAUUAGGGUCGUUGAGUUGAUUCCACUCGAACCGGACGUGAGUGGGAAUGGCUGGCAUGCAACAUUCAUUAGCGCGGAAUUGGUGGAGUUUCCUUUUUUAGCUUGCGUUCUCUUCGCGCAGGUUAAGAGCGAGGUGUUCAGGGGCUUUUGGAAUGUAGAGGAGAAACACGGGUGGGUUUGGGAUAUUGUUUCUGCACAGUAGCAGCUACCCUCUCCCAACGUGUCGUCGCACAACUCCCGGUCCGCACCCCCGAGGUUUCUAUUUUUGAUGCGAAUGCAAAAUUGAUCAAUCUAGACGCAAUCAUAUACCACGCGAAGAGGUUUUCUUGUGGAGGAAGGAAUGGCUCCUUCCGUUCCGAGAAUAGGGAGCAUGGAGAAACAGGGUGAGAAUUGGAAGUAUGAAGAAUCAGGCUCUGCCGGCGAUCGUCUGGGAUUGCCGAUUCCACCGCUACAAGUCGAUCUAUCGGAUGAUGACAUCCGAGAAACAGCUUACGAGAUCCUAGUAGCAGUGUAUGGCAGUAACCCUAUCAGCUUCAGGAGCAUGAGCAUGAAACUCGAUCCUAAACCGAACGUUAGCAAGUCACUUACAUCUUCUGCUGCUAGCCAAAUGAAGCGGGCGUUUGGGUUGCAAUCUUCUGGUGGUUCUAGCGAGAUUCAGCGCUCUUCUUCUUUUAAGCCAAAGAAGAAUCCAACUAUAUCGGAUGUCUUGAGAGUGCAGAUGCGUAUCUCUGAUCAAAGUGAAAUGAGGAUACGGAAGGCUUUGACCCGUGCAACUGCAGUGCAGGCUAGUAAACGGAGUGGCUUGAUAAUUGUUCCUUUGGAACUUCUUCAAAAUAUUGGCUCAUCAGCCUUUGACGAUGAGAAAGAAUACGUGAGUUGGUUAAAGCGCCAGUUAAGGAUUUUAGAAGCUGGUCUUCUUACUCACCCUCUAGUUCCAGGAGAUGGAGGUAUGGACGCUCUACGGUUAAAGCAAGCUUUACGGGAUAUGGUCGAUGGACACAAGACUGCAGAAAAGACCAAAAACAGCGAGAUUAUGCAAAUGCUUCGUAGUGCAGCCCUAGGCAGGGCAACCCGAGCACACAAUGGUGAAUACGGAGAUUUUCUGCAUUGGGCUGAUGGCUUUCCUUUGAAUGCACAUAUAUAUGCUGCCCUACUUUCUGCAUGUUUUCACACGGUGGAGGAAGGCGAAGUGAUAGCAGAGAUGGACGAAGUACUUGAGAUGAUAAAAAAGACGUGGGGUGUGUUGGGGAUUGAUCAGACAUUGCAUGACACUCUCUUUGCAUGGGUUUUAUUCCAGCAAUUUGUUGCAAGUGGCCAAACUGCAGUGAAACUUCUCCAGCUUUCUGAAAGUCUGCUAGCUGAGGUUGCCAAAGAUGUGAAAGGAAAUCUGAAAGCUGAUCAGGUGCCGCUACUAAAAUCGGUAUUCAGCGCAAUGCAGUUUUGGGCAGAGAGAAGGCUUCUCGCAUAUCAUGAUUCAUUUCCUGGAGGAGCCAGUAACAUUAUGGCGGGUUUAUUGGCAGUGGCAGUUGGUUGUGCACAAAUCUUGCAGGAACAUGUGUCACGUGAGCCUCGGAGUCGUGGGAGAGAGGAAACAAACAUUCCGCUAAGUCGCGUUGAUGUUUAUGUUCGCUCUUCUGUGAGGACAGCUUUUGCUCAGUUGAUGGAGACAGUGGAUGUCAGACGGAGAUCAUUCAAGGGCGCUGAUGCACCACCGCCAGCCCUAGUAGUUUUAGCUCAAGAUACAAUGGUCUUUGCAAUGAGUGAAGUAGAUAAUUUUAGUCCUGUGUUGAAGAGAUGGCAUCCUUUUGCGGGUGGAGUGGCAGCAGCUACCCUCCAUAGUUGCUACAGCCGAGAGUUUAAGCAAUAUUUAUCAAGCAUGUCAGCGAUGACUCUAGACACAGUAGCAAUUUUAAAGGCUGCAGACGAGCUUGAGAAGCGGCUCGUCGGGAUCGCUGUUGAAGAUGCGGCUGAAUGUGAUGACGGAGGAAAGAGUCUCAUUCGAGAAAUGCCACCUUAUGAAGCUGAUCGAGCGAUGGGAGACUUAACAAGAAGGUGGGUAGAGGACAAUGUGGAGAAAAUUACUCAGUGGAUCGAUCGAAACAUCCAACAAGAGAAAUGGAGCCCAGGAUCUAACAAGGAUAACUAUGCACCAUCGGCCGUUGAAGUGUUGCGCAUUGUGGAGGAAUCACUCGAUACUUUCUUCGCAAUGCCUUCGGAGCAGUAUCCUGAUUUGCUUCAAGAGCUGGUAGCUGGAUUGGACAAGGGGUUACAGCGCUAUGUUACUCAAACAGUCAAUUCUUGCGGAACCAAAGACGUGCAUAUUCCUCCCAUGCCUCCGCUUACACGAUGCAAGGUUAAUAAAUCAUGGCUCGGUUCCCACAAGAGCAAAGGAAAGUCAGGGGUUCAGCGUAAUCCUCGAAAAUCAUCACUUUCCACUGGAGGUGAUGCAUAUAGUCUGCCCUAUAAAUGUGUGCGUAUCAACACACUUGAGCAUAUCAACACGCAACUUCAGUCUUUGGAGAAGAAAGUUCAAAAUGGCUGGAAGAAGGAUCAACCUACACCUACUAAAAGUGGACGUUUCUUUGGCAAGACAAAACCUGCAACUCCACCAGUAACAGAGACACCUAUUGAUAGCUCUCUUACUUUCCAAAAGACACGAAGUGCCAUCAAGGAGGGUAUAGGACAAUUGAUCGAUUCGGCAGCUUACAGGGUCGUAUAUGCGGAUCUUAGAGAUAUCUUCAUAGAAGGGCUCUAUGUUGGAGAUGUAUCAAGUUCAAGGAUAUCUAUUGUCCUUGAACAGUUGUAUGUCAAAUUGGGAGAGAUUGCGGAAACUAGUGCAGUAUCAGUAAGGAACCGGAUAGUAGGCGCUCUCAUGAAGGCUUGUUUCGAUUGUCUUCUUCGAGUGCUUUUGGCGGGUGGUCCAUCACGAGCAUUCAGAGAGGAGGAUGCUGACUUGCUGAAAGAUGACAUGUAUGCUUUGAAGGAGCUCUUUCUGGCUGAUGGCGAAGGCUUGCCGCAGGCUGAAGUUGAACAGGUUGUUGCACUUCCAGCACAGGUUCUUACGUUGUUCGAAAUAUCCAGUAAUGAAUUGAUCCAGAUAUACUUGGCAUCCAUGGGACAAGGAAGCAAGACGUCGUCCAAGACGUUCUCCAUACCACCUACCACGGGAAAGUGGAGUGCAGCAGAUGCCAAUACUGUAUUCAGGGUUCUUUGUCAUCGAUGUGAUGACACGGCAACCAGAUUUCUGAAAAAGACCCACCACUUGAAGAAGGCUGCACCAUAAUUCUUCUGCAUCAUAAAAAUUACACUGGUAUUGAUAAUGUACUUGCUAUCAAGAACUUCGUUUCGGCUGGUAUUGUCCGAGCUCAGUUCUCUUGAGUGAUGUCAGACUUGAGGUGCAGGUGGAGUAAAGACUAUGAUCUGGAAAAGUGCUUCAAUUACAUUUCCCUCGAGGAUACUAAGUUGUACAAUUAUGUGCAACCACAGUGGAUCGGACUGGCCGUGGGAGACAGUCGGAAUGCAGUCUUUGCUAUCUCGAGCCAACGCCGUGCGUAACUUGUAAUGCAAACUUGCCGAUUAGAAAUGCCAGACGCCCACGUGUGACCGUAGCUAGCAUUCGCGUAAUGGCAUGCCAGUACCGUCUUUGUACAAUUUGAGCUGGUGUGUAAAAGCUUGGAGCAUUUAGAUAAAACCAUGGGGCUUGUUAGUAUACAAUACAUUGGUAUCCUGUUCCACGGUCAAUAUUCAACCUGGAGCAGUGUAUGGUACAAGCUUCCGGUGAACUUGUGCCUAAUUGCACAACAGAAGUAGAGGUUUGAUUGCGUAAUAUUUUUGUAGGGACGAAAAAGAAAUGUGCAUAGCUUUUGAAAGGUUCUGGUAAUGAUUGUUUCUUGACAUCUUAGAGUGCUACUGAAUUCUUAUCACCACCUGCUGAUUUUCUUCUUCGGUUCAUCUUCUCUUAUCUCCUAUACAAACUGAACUACUGAGUCUUAUGGGUCUUACAACACUUUCACUAAAUCAAACUGUUACUGACGCUUGGUAGUCAAUCUUAUUACGGUGGAUUUUCUUUACCACUGUGAUUUGUAUUUUGAGCA